AGGUGGCUUCAGAUUGUUCGUGAUCAUGGUUGAUAUAAUCAGAAAAAGUCGAAAGUUUUCCGUCGUGAGCAUCUUUGUCUGCUGCUGUGCGGUUGUGGCGAAACUCAUUUCUGCAGAAAAUUCGUCGGUCGAAACUGUUUACUUUCCGCCUCGAGACACUGUCGAUUUGCCAAAUUCAACGGAGAACAUCAACAGCACGAAAAACACACCAAGACAAGGCAGAAGACCGACUAAUACGUGGCUUUCAAGAAAGAAAACUUCAAGUAAUGUAGGAAAAUCCUGCUUCAAUUGUGUCGGUCUAACCCUCGAAACGGAAACUACGUCUGAUGGCUUCUCGUUGGACGACCUGAAACUGAAAUGGGCUGAUUGUGCACUUGAAUCCUUCGAUAUGGACCUAAAAACGCUGGAGAUGUUGAACCCACGGAUCCCACCUAGAAGGCCACCACCAGGCAUAAUCACAAGACCAGGUUUCCCCACACCCACAAGACGUCCACCUGUUUAUAUGCCCUCAAUAUUAAUCAGACCGUCAAAUUGGAAUGUUCAAGCAAGAUGGUCGGAAGAAGAUUCAGAAGGUUUCGACUUUUUCAGAUUUGCGCAAUCGAAUGCAGAACCAAAAGCUCCUGAAAAUGAACCUCGUGAAACUGCAGGGAAUGCGGGAACCAGGAAUCGGAGAAAUGCCGGGAAUAUGAUGCGUGAUCCACGAGGACCACCCAGAAAUUAUCACUUCCCCGGCGAAGACAAGAUAAACAAAAUUCAGUCCUGCUUUUUGCAAAAGGCUAAUUUCGUGAAUACUCCACCGGAAGAUGAUCCAUAUCGUGGACGCAUCGAAGAACCCAACGUAGACUCCAUCACUCUUCUUAUCGAGGAAAUGACUGGAGCUGAAGAUGUCAAACAAAAAAUGAUUGAAGCUGUGGACACCUGUAAGGGAAAUAGGAGCAGGAUGGUGAGAAAAAAUCAGGCUGUCGUGUUUCUCAGCCUUUCCGUCACAUUGUCGCAAACCGAAGAAUCUGAAUCGCCUGAGAGCAGAAUUGCUGAAAUCAGCAUCGGUUCUGAAGACGAAAUAAAAUCUGUGCGAGCACGACCGUCUAGAAACAGCAGACGAAGAGAUGCAAAAACGUGUUUCGAAUGUCUUGAAGCGUACCUUCCUACGGAGAGCAUCAAUAAGGACACGAAAAUAACCAAGCACGAAGCGAUCUGGGCGACUUGUCUCAAGUCAGUCGUGAACCUCGACAUGACGACUCUGGCGGUGAUGGCGCCUCCACGGGAUAGCGGAGGCGGCAGACCCAGGCCAACUCGGCCACCAAUCGAUUUCGACUACGGAGACCCCUACUCCCAGAAUAUAUUUGACAGUCGACCCCUUUACGGCGACGAACGACUGCCGAGAAACGAUCGGCCAAGUACCACUGCUAACGAGCAGCUAUUGGACCAACGUCAGCAGCGACCUCCUGGAAAUAAUAAAGAUCGGAAAGUGACUCUGCCAUCGGAUCUUCAGCAAAAAGUUCAAGUUUGUUUCCUCGAGAGAGCAGGACUAGCCACAGGAGACGGAAGAAACAUGAAACCAAAUCUGGAAGCAAUGGAAAUACUCUUGCAAUCAACUACGGCAUCGCAAACGGCAAAGGGGAAGCUUAUAACGGCAUUGGAUUUGUGCACGGACAACGGAAGAAAUGUAGAAAUUAGCAUCCGACUCGGUUAUCAAGAGUAUGCUAUUAAACAGGAGGAAAAUUUAUUCGGAACUCGCGCUUUUCGCCUGUCGGAUCCAAAUUUCCCGUCCCAAAGCAACACCAAAAAUUGUUCGUAUCAUAUCCCACAAAUUCGUGAAAUAAAGUGCACACAAAAAGAAAUGCGGACUGUGUUCGUUUUCUCGCUUUUCGCUGCCACAGCUUUUUCGUCUGAUUUGUCGGUGAAUAAUGGAGACGAAGUUCGUUUUGAACCUCGUCGUAGUGCUGAUGCAGACACGAGCAGCACGGCAAAUUUAGAUGGCGAACAGAAAACCCCACGACGAAUAAGAUACAGACCUAAUCCAGGAUCCAGUUCCGGGUCCUGUUUGAACCGGGUGGGCGUUUAUUUCGACUCGGAAUACGAAAGCACGGUUGUGAAUCGUUUGAAAGCUAUUUGGACUGUUUGUUCCCUGAUGGCACUCGGUGGAAAACCAUUCACUACGUUGGAUAUCCUCAACCCUGGAACGUCUUCGGCGAGCCCUUCUAUUCCGAUAACGCCUUUCAGGGCCAGGCCGAACCGAAGGCCUCGGACUUAUUCCAUCAAAAGAAAUCCAAAUGCAUCGUGGGGGCCUCCAGUGAAUUAUGAAAAAGAAAACCCGAGUCAAUCUGAGGUACAAGAUCGCCAAGAAGAACCAACACCGAGAGAUUCCGAAUCCCUCAGGCGUAAUGACGAUUUCCCAGACGACGGGUACUUGAACCAGUAUGAUGACCGACGAUUACCCGUCACCCAAAGACCCACCGCUGAACGACAGGGAAUUUUGCAACAAAUUCAGACGUGCUUUUUGCUGAAAACGAAAUACAUGGUGCUCCAAGGAGGAACUCUGAGAAACGCUCAGCCUCAGACCAACUCAAUUUCGUCUCUCAUUCGAUCGAUGUCCGGAAAUCAGGAAGAGGAAGGAAAACAAAGUACCCCGUUUGGUUCAAGUGUUUCAAUGAACAAGCAUGCAACGCCGGAUAUGGGGAUACCGCAUACGAAUUGGAAAACAAGCCGGAAGUUGAAUGAAGGAAUUCCACUUCCGAUGGACGAAGCAAUACCUGAAGCUUCAACGGCAGUUGAAACUGAGGAGACUGAAAUGGCAGAGAUUAAAAUCGCUGAAAUCGAAAUCAGUUCUGAUGAUGACGAGAUCAAAUCUGCGAGAGCACGGCCAUCAACUAACAACAGACGACGAGAUCCAAAAUCGUGCUUUGAAUGCAUUGAAGCAUAUCUGCCUACGGACAGCAUUGCCAAAAACGUGAAAAUAUCCAACUACGAAGCAAUCUGGGCAUCUUGCCUCGUGUCAGUGGUGAAUGUCGACAUGACGACUUUAAUGAUGCUUGCCCCUCCAAAAGAAAAUGAGGGAAGACCAUCAAGACCACCGACCAUUUAUCCUGAAUAUGAAGACUACUCUCCUACGCAAAAUAUUUUCAACAAUCGCCCGAUUUCCAACGGCGAUCGACUGCCAAGAAACGAUCGGCCAAUUAACGACGAGCAGCGAUUUGACCAACGUCGGAGACCCUCGGAAAAUAGUAGAGAGAAAAAUCUGCCAUCUGAAAUUGCCAAAAAAGUGCAAGCCUGCUUUUUUGAGAAAACUGGAUUGGUCACUGGAGAAGGGAGGAGCUUGAAUCCGAACCUGGACGGAAUCGAGCGAAUGUUGCGAUCGACAGAGGCGUCACCUUUCAUUAAGGACGAACUUGUGGCAGCCAUGGAUUCGUGCGCCGACAGCGGAAAAGAUACUGCAGUCAGCGAACAAUGUGGUUUCGAACUCAAAACCUCGAAGUGGACCUCAAAACUCUUUUUGAUUCCUUCGUACAUGUCCUCGAUCCAAUUAACGUCAAGAAACAAAACGAAAACGUUUGAGAUCAAGGGAAUCAUGAAAAAUAUAUGCAUAACACACGGUAUCAACGAAAAAAGUCAGUCAAUUUCAAAUUUCCGUUCCGUCGUCUCCCUCGUCUUGGAAAUUGUCGACAGUGAUCGAAGAGUCCCGCGACAGCGUCGAGAGUUUCGACGGCUUUGGAGGAGGUUUCGGCGGAACUUUCUUCAUGGUUUUCACGUCGUCGUUCAUUACGGAUUCCGGAGGCGGAGGAAGGUCAAAGUCCCCAUCAGAGUCUUCCAGCCCGUUCAUCAGUUCCUGCGUGAGCGCUGCUUGUUCUUCAAUCAGCGCUUGUUGAAGCCUGGUCGUCUGGUUUUGCACGUGGUUCCUCCUGAGGUUUUGCACGGAAGAAGGUCGUCCGUCGGCAGGCCCAAGUUCUCUCAGUUUUCCAACAAUAAGAAAAAAUCUGAGGAGGCCAGAAAAGUCUGA